GAAUGGAAUUUAUUUGACAUGUUUACAAUUGCAAGUGCCACUGAUAAUUUCUCCGUUAACAAUAAACUUGGAGAGGGUGGGUUUGGCCCUGUUUAUAAGGGUCGGUUGGAUGAUGGACAAGAGAUUGCUGUCAAGAGAUUGUCCAUGGAUUCUGCGCAGGGUCUGAAGGAGUUCAAAAAUGAGGUUAUGUUAAUUCCUAAACUGCAGCACAAAAAUCUCGUUCGGAUUCUUGGUUGCUGCAUUAUAGGAGAGGAAAGAAUGUUAAUCUAUGAGUACAUGCAGAACAAGAGCUUGGAUGCCUUUAUUUUUGAUAAAAAACAAGGUGCACUGCUGAAUUGGCAAAAGCGUCUUUACAUUAUCAUAGGAAUCGCUCGAGGUCUUCUUUACCUUCACCAAGACUCAAGGUUAACAAUAAUCCACAGGGACCUCAAAGCUAGCAACAUUUUGCUUGAUAAGGAUAUGAAUCCGAAAAUUUCAGAUUUUGGCACUGCAAGAAUUUUCAAAGGAGAUCAAAAUCAAGAGAAAACAAGGAUGGUGAUCGGAACGUUUGGGUACAUGUCGCCAGAGUAUGCUUCAGAUGGUACCUUUUCAGUGAAAUCUGAUGUUUUCAGUUUUGGAGUUCUACUACUGGAGAUCUUAAGUGGUAAGAAAAAUAGAAUGGUGCAUCAAUCAGAAUAUUCUAUGAACCUUAUCGGUCAUGUGUGGAGACUCUGGGAAGAAGGUAGAUGUGUGGAGCUACUUGAUGAAGCAAUGGGAUAUUCAUACCCUAUAUCUAAGUUACUUCGAUGUAUACAAGUUGGACUCCUAUGUGUGCAAGAAGGAAGCAAUGAUAGGCCAACGAUGGCAGAGGUGGUUCUGAUGUUGAGCAAUGAAGGCGUCGCACUACAAAAGCCAAAACGGCCUGGUUUCUGCAUAGAAAUUUCUCUAACAAAACAAGAUUCAUCUUCCAGUCAACAAAAUUCAAUGACACCAAACGAAGUCACGGUUACAAUGCUUGGAGGCCGAUAA